AUGAAACGGUUGACUGCAGAAGCAACGAACGAGGCACUUUGCGAGAUCUUCAAAAGCUGGGGAUGCCCUCGUGUGUUGCAAAGCGACAAUGGGCCCCCUUUUGGGAGUUCAGCGUUCUGCUCGUUUUGGGAGACCCGAGGGGUGUCGGUCAGGAAGUCGAUACCAUUUAGUCCCCAAUCAAAUGGUAUGGUGGAACGCCACAAUCAGCCCAUCAUCAAAGCCGUGAGUGCAUCGAAGAUCGAAGGAAUCAACUGGAGAACUAGCCUGGAAACCUACGUUCACAACCACAAUACGUUGGUGCCCCAUGCUAGACUCAACGUCACACCAUUUGAGCUGCUAGUUGGGUGGAAGUACAGAGGAACCUUCCCCAGUUUGUGGAACGAGAGGCAACGGGAAGUACUGGACCGGGAAGAUAUACGAGAGAAGGAUGCGGAAACCAAGCUAAGCAGCAAAAAGCAUGCUGAUAUCGUACGAGGAGCAAAGAACUCUAACAUCAAGAUUGGGGAUACGGUGCUGUUAAGCCAGAUAAAACGAUCGAAGACAGACCCUCAAUUUUCAGCAGAAAGGUAUACAGUUGUAGCCAGGGAUGGCUGGCGCCAUCACCAUGGGAAGCUGGAACGGGAGAAGGGUUGGAGGAUACACAGUCAGUGCAAGAGGAAGAGCAAGAAGCGACGUCACUGCGACGUCGGGGUGGUUUGA